AACAAGUUCAAGGUGUAUCCCAUCGUGAGUCAGUAGCGUGGGCCGCUGAAAAUUCUAUUUAAAUCUCUACUGAAACGUGGACAACGUAGUCUCGCGAGCACCGCGGCGUGCGUCUGCAACGAAAUUCUAAUUCCUCGAAGAUGUCGAUGGUCCCAAUGAUGUUUCGCGAUUGGUGGGACGACUGGGAGCGCCCCUCCCGGCUGUUCGACCAACAUUUCGGCAUGGGCUUGCGCCGCGAUGACCUGCUGUCGUCUCUGUCUACCCUGCCCUCCUCUUCCCUCUUCAGGAACUCAUACUUCAGGCCAUGGAGGACAAACCUGAUGAGGCAGGAGUCUGCCUCCACUAUCAACCUUACAAAGGAUAAGUUCGAGGUCAUCCUCGACGUCCAACAAUUCGCGCCCGAAGAGAUCACAGUCAAGGCCAACAACAACUCAGUUUUAGUCGAAGGCAAGCACGAAGAAAAGCAGGACGAACACGGCUACAUCUCCCGCCAGUUCACCCGCCGCUACAUCCUCCCCACCGGCUACGAGGUCUCUGACCUUGUCAGCACCCUCUCCUCCGAUGGAGUUCUCACCAUCACGGCCCCCAAGCGCCCCCUACCGUCUGCUGGAGAAAGGAUCGUCCCUAUCACGAAGACCGGCCCUGCGAAGCAACCUGAGCCACCCAAGCAGGAGCAGUAUCAGCCCCGCGAACAGACCGUACCCAUCGUUACAUCUCCCUAAAUUUUAUCAACAGUUGACAACCCUAUUAAAUAGCUUGAACCACACACUGAACUACUGGCAUGGGAUAUUUCCCAUUGCAGAGACGUAGUAUAGCCACGUUGCCCGUCAUCGGGCCUCUUAGUCCAUGCCCUACUUCCCUCGCUAGUUGAGUGUGUGGGCAAGGUAUGUUAUUAGUAAUCUGAUAUGAACGGAUUUCACUUCAAUAUCAUUGUAUGAUGAUAUUGAAGCGAAGUUAGCUACACGCUACAGAUCUAAACAAGCAUUUUAUUCUGGGUUGUCUUCUAUUCUACCCUCUUCCUCUUUCCUUAUAACAACGAGAAGCAUCGUGUUAACACGUGAAUGCAUACGAUCGAAUAGCAUUUAAGGUAAUCACGUUGUUGGCCAGCAACGGAUUCGAAUGAACGAAUAGGCUUUUUUGAAGCAAUGGAAAAUGUAAUUACUGAAGUUUAAAUAUUAAUUAAGUAAUAAACGAAUUUAUAUAUUUUU